AUGCCCAUGGAUAGAAUCGCCGAUUCUCACAAGCGCGCUGGGAAGCGCAACGCCACAGCCUGCGAAUACUGUCGCGCGGCCAAGGCAAAGUGUCAGCCGAGCGAGCAACCUGGUGUUUGCCAAAAAUGCUUUGUCGCCAGGAGAGAAUGCAUCGCUCGGACCAAGGCUCGCCCGCGUAGAGCACGUCCUUCAUCUACUGUCGCGGAGGCAGAGUCUGCGUCGCGACCAACUGAGCAGCCUACAAACUUUACCAUUGAGACGUUUGUGCCGACAAGACUGCACGGGGAUGAUGAAUACGAGAGAUUGCGCGACAUUCACACACAAGCCUUUGCCAACGCACUCGACGACGAAAGUACUGUCCAGGAAACCCCGAGCCUAAGUCAUUCAGUCGCCACGCCGUCAGCAGCGUCGAGCACAUCUCGCGCCGCCGCAGAAAUUUGGCGCAAGCCUCAGUUCAACACAGCUUCAGCGCAGGAGCUUCUCGACCUCUUCUCUCGCAUUGUGCGGAAUCUGCCCUUCAUCAGGCUAUCCAACGACUGCACUAUCCCGCAACUUGCCGCGACGCAGCCUUUUGUUCUUCUCGCCAUCUUGACGGUGACGUCGGGGUCAGGGUCGAUUCAGAAGCACUCGCUGUAUGACGACGAGUUUCUCAAGAUUCUCGGACUGAGAUAUGUGUCCGGACGCGACGGAAGCCUCGAGCUGCUCCGCGGUCUUUUGAUUUAUUGCGCAUGGUAUCCGUUUCAUCUUAAGCCAAAGAAUUCGCAACUGGCUCGCUGCAUGCGCAUGGCUUCGGACAUUGUGCACGAUCUGAACCUGGACGAGGAUUUUCUCAGCUCGCGGCCUUGGGAGGAACGAGUACGCACGGAUGACCUAGACAAGAUUCGGACUUACCUUGCCUUUGUCUAUCUAGUAUCCACAUAUAUCGUUGUAUGGAAAGGCGAUCGAUUUGUGAGCACCCGGCAGCCUCCAUGGACAGCCGCGGCAAUCGAUAUCCUGGAGCAGUAUGCCGAGAAUGACGACGAUCGUAAACUAGCCAUCUUGGCGCGCGUAUCGAGCUUGUUCUCGGAAGCUGCGAGAGCUGUCAGCGGCAGAGACGGCAUGCCAACACGAGACAGCCAGCUCAUUUUACUCGGUCUUUCGCAGCAGUACCAACAUUUGCAGGACAGUCUCUCGGUUCGGUUCCCAGUUAUUCUAAAUGACGCUGCCGUUCGUAUGCAAAUCAUGUAUCUCGAGAUUUACCUUGAUGUUGGAAGCCUACUUGCGCUGCCUGUCGCCAAAACAGCCUUGUCAGCUAGAAAUGCGCGCUUCGCACCACCGAUGACGCGAAUGAACAGCUCCGUGCGGAAGCUAAGAGCUUUCCUGGACUUGGUGGCGGCGCUCGACGAUGCCGCCAUGCUCGCGUUCACCGUCAAUGACUGGACACGUCUCAUCAUUGUCCUGACGCUAGCCUUUCGUCUAUCAUUUCCAGUCGCGCUGUCUCCGGCCUUUGACUGGCUUGCUGCGCGCGAGGAGAUUCAGCUAGGGCAGUUUCUGUCCCGAGCUUCCCGAGGUUCGGUCGCGAGUGCUGAUUCAAACAGCAUUCUGGCCGCCAAUCGCGUCGUUUUGGGUGUCCUCGAAUCUAAAUACAGUCAAAGACGGAGCUCGCAAGCGGAUGAAUCUCAUGCCGCGACGCAACCGAGCAGAAGCGCGGGUUGCCCUAUGAUGGGUGGUGGCGGCGGAGUGGCGAUUGCGCAAUGGGAUAUGGGCCUGGAUGAGGCGCAUGCGCUAUCGACGGAUCCUGAUAUGCCGGAUAUGAUUCCCAUGUUGCAGGGCAUGUGGGCAACCGGGGGGGUGCGAUGGCAAGACGUGGACAAGAUUUCGUGGGACUCGUUUGGCGAUGCUAUAGAUGGGGGCUCUGGGGCGGCGGGAAGUUGGCCCGCGCAAUAA